AGAGUCGAUUCGAGUGCGCGCCGACGGCAGCCCAGCGACCGCUUCCCAACCGCCAUUUGAGCGAUAUACGAUAUAUAUACUGCGUCGUGCGGAGGACGCGUAGCCGACGGAGGAGCGAGCACCGGGUGGUGGUGCAAGGGGGAGUUGGAGAGGUCCGGCGAGGGAGUCGAGUGGAGAGAGAGAUUUUUUGGUGGAUAGCUGGCUGAUUUUUUUGGGGAUUUUCGGUGUGUUUAGUCGCCUCUGAGGCAGGUUUUCCGUACAGAUUCCUGCAGGUAGUUGAUGGUCGAGCGGGCCCGGCUUUAGCAUGUCGACGAAGGAGAACAUGGCGGGACAGUGGAAAUUCAUAUCGAGAAUCGGACGUGUAAUCCCCUGGCCGAUAACAGCAGCUUCGACGAGAGGGUUCCGAACGCCCUCCAAUCUGACGUCCUCGUCACGUUAGCACAUAACCCGCUUGUCCCACGGGAUGCUACGCAGGGACACCUCUACUAUGCUUAUCUACAGUCUUUCCAAUGACGAUACGGAGAUAGUGUUCACCCUAAGGUCCCUCGCCCAGGCCAGCAUCAUCUUCGUUAUGGCCUUGGCCAUCAUCAUCACCAACGCACUCAUCAUAGCCACCCUGAUUAACUUCAGAGCGGGACCUACGGAAGUUAUAAAUUAUUACCUGCUGUCGCUGGCAGUAGCCGAUUUACUAUGUGGCCUUCUAAUAGUACCGUUGUCGGUGUAUCCGGCGGCUGUGGGCGAUUGGGUCUACGGGGACAUUCUCUGCCGCGUGAUCGGAUAUUUGGAAGUAACGCUUUGGGCGGUCACCGUCUACACGUUCAUGUGGAUUAGCGUAGAUCGAUACUUGGCCGUACGGAAACCUCUUCGAUACGAAACCCUUCAAACCAAAACCAGAUGUCAGUGUUGGAUGGCUUUUACCUGGAUAUCGGCGGCGAUGCUCUGCUGCCCGCCUCUUCUGAGCUUCACCGAACCGCGCUUCGAGAAAGAGGCCUUCAUAUGCAUGCUGAAUUGGGGCAGCAUGGCCGCUUAUUCCAUCACACUUUCCAUCCUGAUCCUCGGCCCUAGUCUCAUCACCAUAUUCUACACCUACAGUUACAUAUUCAGUAUGCUUCGGAAGAUCAGGAGCGGUUUUCCGUUUCACGACAAAGAAUACGCAACGGCGUUGGCGGAGAACCUGUCGAAUCCCAGCCACUUGAUGUCCUUCACACUAGUGGUGGCUUUCUGGCUCUCCUGGACGCCUUACAUAGGAGUAUCGCUUUACGAAUAUUUCACCGCGCCGCUGCAGAACCAACAAGUGCUGCACUUCGGCAUUGUGUGGCUGGGUUUCCUGAACUCCUUCUGGAAGUCGGUGAUCCUGAUCAGCCUGAGUCCGCAGUUCAGGCUGGCGUUGCGCAUCUUCUGCAUGACCAUCUGCUGCAGGUACAAAGGCCGUCUGCAGGCCGAGCUGAUCGGCAUGGACGACGACUGACUGCUCCGUCGCCUGCCCGCCCUCGCUUCCAAUUUUCCUAUAACAGGCAUCGCCGUGAGGGACUACGAAUUUUUUAUAGGUAUUUCAAAUGUCAAUGCGCUGUUGUUUCUGUAGGGUGCUUGAGGUGGGUUUGUUUGUAGGUAAAAUGAGAAGAUAUUGGUGCCAAUUUUCGC